CCACCUUCACUCAAAACUGAAAGGUGGCUUAUGAGAAAGAAGCUUCGCGUCUGAGGAGCGCCGUCAACCCCGCCUCUUCCUCCUCCGUGUUACGGCCUUUUUACGACAAUGCCGCCUCGCAGUCUUGGUUUCCGGCAGCGACAGCUGAGCCCGAGCUGUAUCUGACAGGGUGUUCGCUCAUGUCCUGCAGAAGUUUAAAGUUUCUAGUGCCCCUACGGUAAUGAGCUUCUUUGACCUUUUCCGGGGCUUUUUCGGCUUUCGUGGACCUCGGAGUGACCAAAGCGGUUCUGAAGAGAGGAACAGUGCCAGUCUCCAGUGUGGGGUGAUGCAACAGGGACCUGGGCGGAGAAGACAAUGGGGGUCUGGGGAAGAGGACAAUGAGCAACCACAGAGAUCCCUUUUUUGGAGGGAUGACUCGAGAUGAUGACGAUGAUGACGACGAAGAGGAGGAAGACAGAGGCACGUGGGGUCGAGGGAGCUAUAGGUUUGAUGGUUCUCAGCCUCCGGAGGAAUUCGGUUUCAGCUUCAGCCCAGGAGGAGGGAUGCGAUUCCACGACAACUUUGGCUUUGAUGAUCUAGUACGAGAUUUCAAUAGCAUCUUCAGCGAGAUGGGGGCCUGGACCUUGCCUUCCCACUCUCCUGAACUUCCAGGUCCCGACUCAGAAACACCUAGUGAGAGACUGCGGGAAGGGCAGACGCUGCGGGACUCAAUGCUUAAGUACCCUGAUAGUCACCAACCCAGGAUCUUUGAGGGGGUCUUGGAGAGUCAUGCAAGACCUGAAUCCCCCAAACCAGCUCCAGAUUGGGGGUCUCAGGGACCUUUUCAUUGGCUGGAUGAUAUAUGGCCUGUCACCCCCCGUUCUAGAGCCAGAGAGGACAACGAUCUUGACUCCCAGGUUUCCCAGGAGGGUCUCGGUCCACUUCUCCAACCCCAGCCCAAACCCUAUUUCAGGAGCAUCUCUGUGACCAAGAUCACUAAGCCAGAUGGGGCCGUGGAGGAGCGCCGCACUGUGGUGGACAGUGAGGGACGGAACGAGACCACAGUGACCCACCACGAAGCACAUGACAGUUCCAGCAGUGAUCCAGUUUCUGAAAGAUCUUCAGCUCUUGAUGAUCCCUUUUCCAUCCUGGAUUUGCUCCUUGGACGUUGGUUUCGGUCCCGGUAGCUUUGUUAAUAACCUUCAGAAGUCUUCAGGUCCUUUCCACUCCCUUCAAAUUGCCCAUUGCCAAUAAGCUUAGCUUUGUAUGUCAUCCUAAGGGUUGUAAGUGAAACAAUGCAUUGAGCUCAUGCCAGUCUGUCAUUCAUCCAAACUAACCAAUAAAGCCUUUAUUUAUGCUAAAGGUC